UCUGCAAUGUUUGUUAUCAGUUUAAAAUGGGUUUGCUGAUAAAACAUGUCCUUACAUUACAGCACAGUUUGGUCUUACUUGCUUACAAUUGUGAGCGGAUAUCUGAUCUGUCCAAGUUGCUUUAAUACAACUGCGUCUUUUAUGUGGAAAGUGAUUUACGGGGUAGCAGGAGUUGAAGCGUCAAAGAUCAGAUGCGUGGCUUUUAUUUCUGAUGUCACUCGGGGAUUUUUUGUUUUUCUCCUGUUCGGAUUUAUUGCGGUAAACUAUUGCUCUAAAGAGAAUGGAGAUUAUGCGCAAGUGAAGUUUAAUGGAAGAAUGAUAUUUUCCAAGCCGUUAACCCUUUUAUUCGCUCUCCUUCUCCAUCCAUCCUAGUGAACUUUUUGCCUUUCUGACUUUUGUCCGGAACAGAUUUUCAUAUAAAUGCGUGGAACUCCACAGAUAUCUCAAGUUCCCAUUCACAAACGCAUUGUGUUUUGAAUUACCACGAAUCCAAAUUGCGCAUUUACGCACGAGAAUGCCAAAGCAGCUUGUCCUUACUCUGCUAUGGAUUUUCACUCUGCCAGUUCUCAUCUGCUGCCCUCUUGUGUUGUUCUGCUCACAAUUCAAUAGCCUCCCCGAAUUCCUUACCGAACAGCGCACGGUUCCUCUGCUCCCCCUGCGCUCCUCCUCCUCUCCAUUGUAUCCGCGUAAAAGACGAAGGGGGUGCGGAGAAGUGCGAGCAGGGAGGGUUAAGUUGUGUCAUAGAAGCGGAGAGGUGUUAGUUCAUAUUGCGAAAACCAGCAGAGUGAGAAGUGGAGAGUUUGGGCUUAUUGCCAUAUAGUUGCACUUAUAUUUGUCUAAUUUCUUUAAACUUUUUCCAUGUGGCGCUCAAGUCCAGUCUCACUCAGACGUCCACUUUCGUGCCGUUUUAUGAACCACUGUUUUCUUAACAGAUGUCAGAGUCCGCUUGCGCCUCCGGUCGUAUAGGUGCUUUACGCACAGCUGGUGUUUAAAACUGAGGAACUUGGGCUACAGUAAAACAACGGAUUGAGAGUCUCUGUACUUCAAGAGUUACUUCUGUAGUCAGGUUACAUCUGAAGGAAGCAGCUUCUCUAAGCGGAUUACUAUCAUUUCCUAAUGUUUCCCCAGAGGAGGCUAUUCACGUUUCCAUUUCUUGGACGAGGAAGAAUGGAUGUAAGAAUGAACCAAGGACACCUAAUUCUGGCACUGACCCUCAUCGUCUGCAACUCACAGCUGCUGGUGGUCGCCAACUCAUGGUGGUCAUUAGCCAUGAACCCCAUCCAGAGACCGGAGAUGUACAUCAUCGGAGCGCAGCCUCUGUGCAGCCAGCUGACGGGUCUGUCUCAGGGUCAGCGGAAGCUGUGCCAGCUCUAUCAGGACCAUAUGGUUUAUAUCGGAGAGGGGGCGAAGACGGGCAUCAAGGAGUGUCAGUACCAGUUCAGACAGAGGCGAUGGAACUGCAGCACGGUGGACAACACAUCAGUGUUUGGCCGCGUAAUGCAGAUUGGCAGUAGAGAAACAGCAUUCACCUAUGCCAUCAGCGCGGCGGGCGUAGUGAACGCGGUGAGUCGGGCGUGCCGUGAGGGCGAGCUCUCCACCUGUGGAUGCAGCAGGGCGGCUCGUCCAAAAGACCUUCCAAGAGACUGGUUGUGGGGCGGCUGCGGGGACAACGUCAACUACGGAUACCGUUUCUCCAAGGAGUUCGUGGACGCCCGUGAGCGCGAGAAGAACCACCCGAAAGGAUCGAUGGAACAUGCGCGCACGCUUAUGAACAUUCAGAACAAUGAGGCUGGGAGAAUGGCGGUGUACAAUCUGGCCAACGUUGCAUGCAAGUGCCACGGAGUGUCGGGCUCGUGCAGCCUCAAAACCUGUUGGCUCCAGCUGGCCGACUUCCGCCGCGUCGGCGAGUUCCUGAAGGAAAAGUACGACAGCGCCGCCGCCAUGCGUAUUAACCGACGAGGCAAGCUGGAACUGGUCAACAACCGCUUCAACCCCCCGACGAGCGACGACCUGGUCUACAUCGACCCGAGUCCGGACUACUGCUUGCGUAACGAGACCACCGGCUCCCUGGGCACCCAGGGGCGCCUCUGCAACAAGACUUCGGAGGGGAUGGACGGCUGCGAGCUCAUGUGUUGCGGACGCGGCUACGACCAAUUCAAGACCUACAAGCACGAGCGCUGCCAUUGCAAGUUCCACUGGUGCUGCUACGUGAAAUGCAAGCGCUGCACGUCGCUGGUAGACCAGUUCGUCUGCAAGUAGCACCCUGGGGAUGGGACGUACGCCAUGGAGAGGCACUGAGCAAUUAGAGGGAGAUGAGCAGGACCCUGAACGGACCCGUAGGGGGAACUUAGAGAUAAUUAAAUGUAAAAUGAUAUAUUAAAUAGCAACAAAUUAAAGUAUAUAAUUAAGUGUACGUGUGCCAUUGAUAGUAAUUUAAUGACUUUUUCUGACUCAACGUGAUGUAAAGGAGGCACCAGACAGUCGCAGUGCUCGUGCAUUUUGUUGUUAAGCUAUUGUCAAAAGUGCCUGGUCAAGAAAUUUGUGAGCAAUGGAAAUGAAAAGAGGGUGCAACCCUCUGCUUUUUCUGAAAGAAAGAGCCCACGUGAACUCUUUAGAGACUCUAGAGCUUUCUUGAGGGAUCAAGAAAAGGCAGAGAUGUCGAAAGAGGACGGAGAACAACAGAGGAACCUUUUCUAGACCUGUGGUCCAACAUUCGCUUCGAGACUGUGAUGCUUUUCGACCACACCUCCAUAAACCUUGCCCAUAUCAGAGCUCUUAAGGACCUUGAGUCAGAUGGUGACAUCAGGGGGUGAGAAAUGCAGAGUGGACGUUGUGUUUCAUCGUGUCAUGUUGAUCUUUAAGAUAUGACACGAACACAAUGAUGCCUCUCAACCUCCUUUUACCCUGUUCGCAUAAGCCACUCCCUCAAGAAACCGGGUGAAAGAUUAAACCUGGAGCAUAUAGCUACUGGUUAAUUUGCCGCACGUUGUCCCCCCCAUUGGAUUAAAAAUGGUUGUCAGUCAUUCGAUUCGAUUCGCUUUUUCAAAAGUCUACUAGUAAUGCCAUUUCAGGGUCUUCCGUAUGUCAUAUCUUGGAUUUACAUGUAAUCUACAGCUGAUAUUCAGAGAAUAUUGUGUUGUUUUGUCACUGUUGUUGUUGUUGUUUUUGUUGUUGGUUCAAACAAGUGUGUCUCACAGUAAUGAAUGUGUGUCUGGUAACUCAAAAUAGAAAAAAAUCAAGGCUAUGUGAUAAGGACUGCAAAAAAAUAAUAUUGUAACCAAAUACUAGUGGUUCAGAUUAUAUUUUAUUAAUUGAUUCUCAUUUUAUACAUCAUAUGUAUUGUUCUGAUUAUUAUUUUUUGAUAAAGAAGUUUUUACUGGGGAUUUAUAUGCAAACAGAGGAAAUAUUACUGGCAACUUGGAUAUAAUGGGCAAUCCAAGCCAACUUCUCCCACUGUAAGGCCAAGCAACAAACAAUAGGAUCUUGUGUGCAUUUCAGAGGAAAACAACACUUGUAAAUAAGUCGUAUAUUCAAAUAUCACUUACCAGUCACUACUAUUUCUGUGACCUUACAUGUCAGUCUACAGUUUUUGUGAUCAUAUGCUUGUUGUGUGUAUUUCCCCCUCAUUCAAACCAGUAAUAUUAAAAAUAUUAAUAGUGA